UUUGAUGAUAAAAUAUCCUUUUUGUUUGAAGCUACUGCUUGUUUUUCUACCUAUAAUGAAUAUCGAAAGUUUCUCAAAAUGAACUUUUAUAGAACAUUGGUACAUCUUUGAAUUACUUUGCCAUCAAUGUUGUUCAUCUGACAGAAAGGGCCUUAUAACAUCUCAAUAGCACUUUUCAAAUCACUAUUUGAUCCCAAACUUUGUUGAACAGAUUUUAGUUCCUGCAUUUUAUUUAUAUGUUCCUAAUUGCUCAAAUUGUUUUAUAACUAGAUCUUUGCCUUUUUGCAUGCAGGUGCGGGCUAGUGGUGAUCCAUACCUAAGACACUGUGUGGAGACAUCAAUUUUUCUUGCAAUGAUUGGAUCUCGUGAGAAUGUAAUUAUAGCUGGAUUGCUCCAUGAUACACUUGAUGACACUUCUAUGGACUACAGUCAGUUAUUUGGCAUCUUUGGAAAAUAUGUUGCAGAUUUGGUGCAAGGGGUAUCUAGAUUAAGUUUGAUCAGUCAGUUUGCCCAUGACAACAACACAAUAAGCAACAGUGUUGAAGCAGACCGUCUUCAUACAAUGUUUCUUGCAAUGAUGGAUGUAAGGGUAGUAUUGAUCAAAUUGGCAGAUAGGUUGCAUAGUAUGAGGACUUUAGGUGCUUUGAGUCUUCCAAAACAACAAGGAAUUGCAAAAGAGACACUAGAGAUUUUUGCUCCCUUAGCCAACCGUCUUGGAAUUUGGAGCUGGAAAGCUGAAUUAGAAGACCUCUGCUUCAAGUAUCUGAAUCCACACAAAUACCAAGAACUCUCUGCCAGACUAUCUGCAAUACUGCUCAGUAAUCUUAAAAGCAUUGUAAUCAUGGUUCUGAAUAUAAAGUGUUUAGUUGUUGGGAAUUUAUUACUCCUCAAUCUAUAUGGAAGACCUAAGAGCUUGUACAACAUUUAUCUGAAGAUGUUGAAGAAGAAGCAGAAGAUUGAUGAAAUCAAUGACCUUUGUGGUCUUCGGCUUAUUGUCUUAAAUGAGAAAGAAUGCUAUGAUGCACAUCGCAUUGUUCAUCAUUUGUGGCAAGGUGUCCCAGGGGAGAUGCUUCCUGACACAGAUUGGUUGUUUCAAUAUACCUUUAGGUAUCAGUCUUUGCACACUGUUGUUUGGGGUGAGGAUGGUCAUCCCCUGGAAAUACAAAUACGGACUAAGGAAAUGCAUCAACAAGGAAGUUUUGUGUAUAAGGAGGGUGAAGUAGAACACUCUUCGUCAAUUGUCCAAAUGGUGGAAUGGGCAAGAUGGGUGCUCAGUGAGAUGAUGGACACUAAGUUGAGACUUUCGUACCAGGAGUCAAGCUUGAGAUCACCUUGCCCUUUCCCUUUUCACAAGGAUGGUUGGCCACACAUGGAUAAGUUCUGUGAAUUACCAUUUUGCACGGAUGAGAAUCUUUUUGUGAUUGUGUUGGAAGAUGAUAAAUGUGCUCGUUCAAGUUGAAAUAAACACAUGCAUAUCAGACAACCAGUGGGAUUUUUGGUAAGCAACAAGUGAUAAAUGUCUGUUUGGCUACUCUUUCUCCAGCUACCUCUUUCAUUGGAAUAUUACACCCUUGAUUUCAUGAAUGUUCUCUACUUUGUGCUCACUUCUCAGAAUACUUUGUU